ACAUAAGGAUUCCAUGGCGAUAUCUCUGGCGCGAUGACAAUCAAAGCAGCAUCUAGUGGACAUUGGGGAAUGUGGAAACCAAAGAAGCUGUAAGGAAAAGGGUCCUGUAUGAAAAAGACAUCCUCUCCAGGUGCUGAUCUUGCUGAACUGACUUUGGGGAAAAAGAAAGGGAAAAAGAAGACAGAAGUGUCCAUAUUGCAGUUAAAAAUACAUACCACUGUCAACAUGCAGGAGAAACCCUAUAAAUGCCUGGAGUGUGGAAAGAGCUUCAAACACAAACAAAGUCUGCAGCCACAUCGAAGGACUCACACUGGGGAGAAACCCUACACAUGCCUGGAGUGUGGAAAGAGUUUCACUUUUAGACAUAUUCUGCAGCGACAUGAAAGGAUUCACACUGGUGAGAAACCCUAUAAAUGCCUGGAAUGUGGAAAGAGCUUCGCUCAGAGUGGAAGUCUACAUAAACACCAACAAACUCACACUGGGGAGAAACCCUAUAAAUGCCUGGAGUGUGGAAAGAGCUUCACUCGGCAUGGGAGUCUGCGGUCUCACCACAGAACUCACACUGGAGAGAAACCCUAUAAAUGCCUGGAAUGUGGUAAGAACUUCACCGAGAGUGGACAUCUACAUUCACAUCAAAGGACUCACACUGGGGGGAAACCCUAUAAGUGCCUGGAGUGUGGAAAGUGUUUCAGUUGGGAGUGUUCUCUGCAGCGACAUGAAAGGAUUCACACUGGGGACAAACCCUAUAAAUGCCUGGAAUGUGGAAAGAGCUUCACUCAGAGUGGAAGUCUACAUAAACACCAUCGAACUCACACUGGAGAGAAACCCUAUAAAUGCCUGGUGUGUGGAAAGAGCUUCGCUCUGCAUGAGCAUCUGCGGUCUCACCACAGAACUCACACUGGGGAGAAACCCUAUAAAUGUCUGGAAUGUGGUAAGAACUUCACCCAACGUGGACAACUACAUUCACAUCGAAGGACUCACACUGGGGAGAAACCCUAUACAUGUCUAGAGUGUGGAAAGAGCUUCAAACACAGUCGAAGUCUGCAGUCACAUCGAAGGACUCACACUGGGGAGAAACCCUAUACAUGCCUAGAGUGUGGAAAGAGCUUCAAACACCAUCGAAGUUUGCAGUCACAUCGAUGGACUCACACUGGGGAGAAACCCUAUACAUGCCUGGAAUGUGGCCGGAGCUUCACUCGGAGGGAACACCUGCAGCAACAUGAAAGGACUCACACUGGGGAGAAACCGUAUAAAUGCCUGGAGUGUGGAAAGAGCUUCAUUGGCAGUGGAGAACUAAGUUCACAUCAACGAACUCACACUGGAGAGAAACCCUAUGAAUGCCUGGAGUGUGGAAAGAGUUUCACUUGGAGGAAUAGUCUGCAGCGACAUGAAAGGAUUCACACUGGUGAGAAACCCUAUAAAUGCCUGGAAUGUGGAAAGAGCUUCACUGAUAGUGGAAGUCUACAUAACCACCAACGAACUCACACUGGGGAGAAACCCUAUAAAUGCCUGGAGUGUGGAAAGAGCUUCGCUAAGCGUGAGGGUCUCCAGUCUCACCACAGAACCCACACUGGGGAGAAACCCUAUAAAUGUCUGGAGUGUGGUAAGAACUUCACCCAGAGUGGAAGUCUAUAUUCACAUCAAAGUACUCACACUGGGGAGAAACCCUAUAAAUGCCUAGAGUGUGGAAAGAGCUUCAACCACAAUCAAAGAUUGCAGUCACAUCAAAGGACUCACACUGGGGAGAAACCCUAUACAUGCCUAGAAUGUGGACAGAGCUUCACUCGGAGGGACCAGCUGCAGCGACAUGAAAGGACUCACACUGGGGCGAAACCCUAUCAAUGCCUGGAGUGUGGAAAGAGUUUUACUUUGAGACAUCAUCUGCAGCAACAUAUAAGGAUUCACACUGAGGAGAAACCCUAUACAUGCCUGGAGUGUGGAAAGAACUUCACUCAGAGUGGAUAUCUGCGUUCACAUCAACGAACUCACACUGGGGAGAGACCCUAUGAAUGCCUGGAUUGUGGACAGAACUUCACUCAGAGUUCACACCUACGUAGACAUCAACAAACUCACAAUGUGGAGAAACCUUGUACAUGCAUAGAUUGUGGAAAGAGCUUCGCUGACAGUGGAAGUUUACAUUUACAUCGAAGGACUCACACUGGAGAGAAACCCUAUACAUGCCUGGAGUGUGGCCAGAGCUUCACUCAGAAUUCACACCUACAUACCCACAAACGAACGCACACCGGUGAGAAACCCUAUAAAUGCCUGGAGUGUGGAAAAAGCUUCACUGAUAGUGGAAAUUUACAUAAACACCAACAAACUCACACCGGGGAGAAACCCUAUGAAUGCCUGGAGUGUGGAAAGAGAUUCAUUUUGAGAUGUCAUCUGCAGCGACAUGAAAGGAUUCACACUGGUGAGAAACCCUAUGAAUGCCUGGAGUGUGGAAAGAGCUUCACUGAUAGUGGAAGUCUUCGUAACCACCAACGAACUCACACUGGGGAGAAACCCUAUAAAUGUCUGGAAUGUGGAAAGACCUUCACCCAGAGUGGACAUCUACAUUCACAUCAAAAAACUCACACUGGGGAGAAACCCUAUAAAUGCCUGGAGUGUGGAAAGAGUUUCAGUUGGGAGCAUUCUCUGCAGCGACAUGAAAGGGUUCACACUGGGGAGAAACCCUUUCAAUUCCUGGAGUGUGGAAAGAACUUCAUUGGCAGUGGAGACCUACGUAAACACCAACAAACUCAUACUGGGGAGAAACUCUAUAAAUGCCUGGAGUGUGGAAAGAGCUUCACCGACAGUGCAAAUCUUCAAAAACAUAAUAGAACGCGCACUGGGAUGCCUUGAGUGUGGAAAGAGUUUCACUCGGAGCGGGCAUCUGCAGCCACGUGCAUCUCACAUUCUAGUAAAUGGAUGCCAAGGGAGACUCUCUAAGUACAAAGGCAACUCGAACUAAUGUAAAUGACAGCAUCAUGUUGGGAAUUUUAUCUCUUUUGGUGAUCUUGCAGGGAAGUCGGAUCUGGCCACGGUGGUCCACGCUCUUGUUACAUCCCGAUUAGAUUACUGCAACGCACUCUACAUGGGGUUGCCUUUGAAGACUGUUCGGAAACUCCAACUAGUCCAGCGAGAGGCAGCCAGGCUGCUCACCGGAGCGUCAUACAGGAAGCAUACCACCCCCCUGUUGUGUCAGCUCCACUGGCUGCCAAUCCAAUUCCGAGCACAAUUCAAAGUGCUGGUUUUGACCUACAAAACCCUAUACGGUUCCAGCCCAGUGUAUCUGUCCGAACGGAUCUCCCUCUACAUCCCACCUCGGAGUCUAAGAUCUGGGGAGGCCCUGCUCUCGACCCCGUCUCUAUCACAUGUGAGAUUGACGGGGACGAAGAGCAGGGCCUUCUCGGUGGUGGCCCCUCACCUGUGGAAUUCACUCCCCGGGGAAAUUAGAUCAGCGACAUCCCUCCUUUCCUUUAGGAAAAAAUUGAAAACUUGGAUUUGGGACCAGGCAUUCGGACAUUCUGGCAGCUAAAGAAAGGACUUGACAAUGGGCAGGAAUUGACUAAAUGGAAUGGAAUUAUGGAACGCUGAACAUGAGAUUAGUUGUACUGAUUGUGUUAUGUACUGAUUAUUUUAACUUGCUAAUUGUUUUAGCUGCUGUUUUGUAUGUAUGUAUAUCUUGUGUAGGCAUCGAAUCGUGCCUUUUUGUAAGCCGCCCUGAGUCUCCCCCCCCCCCCCCGGGG